GAGUUUAAGUUAAUUAUUAUAAAGAGCCGUGUCAAUUGUUUUUGUGUGUGAGCGCGCGCGCGUGUGUGUGAAAUUUGUAACGCUUUCAAAAAGGAUUUCACUUUGAGAGCGGCGCGGCGUCCCCUGCAGUGGCAGAAACUAUCACUGGCCGGCAAUAAAUACAAAACUAGUUCAAGGCUAGCUCUACUACUACCUGUUGCUCUCACUCUUCUCACACAAAGAUUUUGCGUCCCACUGCAAGAUGGAGCUGUCGCCAAAAGAAACGGAGGUGCGUCCCAACACAAUCUGCGAUCUGAAAGUCGAUGCCACCUUUCGCAAAGUGCCCAAGCAUGCGAUUAGUUUUGCGCUCUGGAAAAUAGACGAGGAUCGGCUGGAGGCCGUCGCUCGUGCCAACUAUGGCACCUUCUAUGACAACUGCGCUUAUAUAAUCUAUGCAGCGAAUCUAGUGGGACAUUAUGCCACACAUGAAACUAUUACACGCGAACAAAAAUCGAAUGUGACGCUGGAACGUUAUAUACAUUAUUGGCUGGGCAGCAGUGUAAGCGAACAGAAUCGCUCGAAUGCAGUGCAUAAAAUACAGGAGCUGGACACAUAUCUGGGCAAUGUGGCAACUAUAUACAGAGAGGUGCAGCAUCAUGAAAGUCCACGCUUUUUGUCAUAUUUUAAAAAGGGUUACGAUGUCUUAAGCGGCGCUUUGUUGUCGUCAGCGAAGACACCACGACUCUAUCAGCUAUAUGGACGCCAAUGGCUGCGCGCUGUGGAGUUGGCCAACAUUGACUGGACGCACUUUAAUUCACACUAUGUGAUGGUGCUGCAAACAGAGAGUCUGAGCUUUGUUUGGAUAGGACGCUCGAGUGCGGCAAUUGAGCGACGCAGCGCUUUGGCUUGGGUGCAGCGUCAGCCACAAACUGGCAGCAUUUGCAUUGUGGACGAUGGCUAUGAGCAGUCGAUGACGGUGGAGCAGAAGCAGCUGUGGAAUGCGGUGCUGCCAUUGGGCCAGCGUAACGUAAGCCAGGCCAACAAUCAGCUUACAACGGAGCAGCUCAACAACAGCAGCAACAACAAUGCGCAGCAAUUUCGCAUUUACAAAUGUAAUCAACGCGGACGUUUGCAUUUGGAUCAGCUGGAUGUGGGGCUGCCUAGCAAGGAUGAUUUAAGCGAUGCGAAUGGAGUUUAUCUAUUGGAUAAUUAUGGUCAAAGCAUUUGGCUUUGGGUGGGUGCGCAAGCGCCACAGACAGAUGCGCUGAGCGCCAUGGGCAAUGGACGUGCUUUUGUCAAGAAGAAAAAAUAUCCAAAUAGCACUUACGUAGUGCGCGUAGUCGAGGGACAUGAGCCCGUGGAGUUUAAGCGUCUCUUUGGCAAUUGGCUAAGUGUGUGGCAGGAUAAUACGCGUGGUCACAAACCGGUGUCAACGAAAUUUGGCAAACUGGAUGCCGUGUCGCUAUGUGAGCGACCCAAAAUGGCUGCGGAUACGCAACUAGUGGAUGAUGGACGUGGCGAGCGCACGCUUUAUCGCAUCUUUGGGCAACAGCUGGAGCAGCUGCCAGCCAGCAAGACGGUGGUAUUCACCACCAACGCCUCCUAUGUGGUCGUCUACAGCGUGCAGUGCGCCACUGUCGUGCCCGCUGACUUGGCUGCUGUCGGCAUACAGAGCAUUGUCUAUCAAUGGAAUGGCUCGGAGGCAUCAGCAGAGACCAUAGCCAAGGCGGAUAACUUUGCCAUGUCCAGUUUCCAGGCGCUGAAAGUGCCCGCGAUGUUCGUCCAGCUGUACGAGUUUGAUGAGACGCCGCAUUUUCUGCAGCUCUUCAAGGGCAAGCUGAUCAUAAUGCGUGGCCAGCGCAGUGAGCUGCUGCAUUCGAAUAACAACAACAAUUGGGAUUUCAAGACAAAUAUUAUGCUGGAAACAUUUCUGCUGAAGAUCUAUGGCGAUGCCAGCUACAAUUCCAAGGCAGUGGAGGAGUAUCCGCUGUCUGCUAUAAGCUCCAAGGAUUGUUAUGUCAUUAAGACGAGUCACGUAUGGGUUUGGUGUGGUCAGAGCAGCACAGGCGAUGCCAGAGAGAUGGCCAAGGCAGUGGGUGCGUUGCUGGGCGAGAAUUCGCUUGUGCUCGAAGGCAAAGAGACCAAAGAGUUUUGGCAAUCGGUCUCCAUGUAUUUCAAUCAAGCGCUGGUCAUUACCAAUCAAUCCUGCGCCAGCAGCACCACCAGCAGCAGCAGCAGCGGCGCCGGCAGCAUGUGCAACGGCAGCAACAGCAGCAAUGGUGGCAGUGGCAAUAUUUCACCCACUUUAAGCAACAAUUGCUAUUUGAAUACCAGCGUGCCCAGCAAGCCGCGUCCACCGGUGCAGCUGUUCCUUGUCUGGUGGCAACAGCACUCGCAGUUACGCUGCGAGGAAAUCCUAGGAUUUGAGCAGCAGGAUCUCAGCGCCGAUUGUACUUAUAUCUUAGACACUGGCAACUUGGCGUAUGUUUGGCUUGGCGGGCAUGCGCCAAGUCAGGAGCGUGAACGUUAUGUGGCGCUGGUGCAGAGCUAUGUGCAACAGGCGCCCUUCGAGCGACGCGCUGCAACGGCUUUGGCUGUGGUGCGUCAAGCUGCAGAGCCAAAUGUAUUCAAGGGUUUCUUUGAAACGUGGCAGCAGGAGCUGGGCAAGAAUUUUCUUACCUACGAACAAAUGCGUGAGCAAUUGGGUCAAACUACGCCCAGCAAUGGUUUACACAAAGUCUCUGCUUUGCUCUUGAACAACAAUCAGCGUGACUUUGAUGAGCACAAGAAAUAUCCUUUGGGUGUCCUGGUGCAAGAAAUGGAUAUGCUGCCGCCCGAAAUAAAUCCACUGCGUCGUGAGGUGCAUUUAACCCAUGACGACUUUGUCUCCGUUUUUAAAAUGACCUUCUAUGAAUUUGAUGAGUUGCCCAAGUGGAAAAAGCAGGAGCUCAAAAAACUCUACAAGUUAUUCUAAACAUCAAAAGAAUAACCUCGUCGCAUUUUAUUUCAUUCUCAAACCUCACAGUAAAUAUUUUGUAUAUAGUGUAAUUUUUAAUG